AUGUCAGAUGACGGCGAAGCCGCCGCUUCUGUUCACGAAGGUGAGGAAGUUGAGGAAGAACAUGUAAGUCUAUCAUUACUCUUGAUCUUUAUAUUUCAGGCCAUUGUUGAUAAGCCACUGUCAAAAGAAAUGGCUGCGUCUUCCUUAUCGAUGUUGUCCCGACUUGGAUAUGGUCUUGCGCACGCUUAUAUAAAAUUUCAAUGCGUGUCAAGGUGAGUACAGCAGGAACUCCUCCGCUAUCAAACAAAACUGAUCAAUUAGAAAUAUUUGAAAUAGUUAAAACCAGUUGAAGUGAUAAUUCCUCACAAUUAUAACCUAUCGAUUAAUCUAUUGUACAUGUUUGAUAAUAUGUUAGUAUAGUGGUUGUUUGUAUUUACAUGGCUCAAUGCGGAGCCAUAUGAGUACUGUGUGUACAGCUGGGUUACUUUCGACAGGAAGUUGGGGAAUUUGGGUGUGCCUCAUUUAGGGCCGAUGCAUGCACACAGGCGAGAAAAUUCAUGUCGUAAAAGGUGAUCAGGAGAGAAUAAAAAGUGGCUGCCCCUCCGCAUUUUUUUUCUGCGGCUGACAGAGUGGCCUAGCAUGUCUGUUAUCUUGCCUUCACUCGCUGCUUAGGGCGGCCUAAUUCACUUCAGCUCUGCUGAGAAAAGGGGCUAGGCUGGGCCAUCUGUGAUAGAAUUUAGGCGCGCAGAGAUAGCCCAUUUGGGUUUGUAAGCUAAUGCAGGGCUAGUAAUCUAACUGGUUGACGGUGGGUGUAUGAUGUCAAUCACACGAAAGAAUUCCAAGGCGGAGAGAUUGUUGGAAUGAGUAAGCCAAUCGCAAGACUAGCCCGCGGCCGGUCAACCGGGCUAGCCUUGGGCGACUAAAAUGAUAUCAGGGCAUGUGAGUACCGUAUUAGUCCAGCAGUUCCUACAAACAUUCGUAUUUGAUUUUGCCGUGCCAUACAGUUUUUGUAGAGGAAUAUAUAAUCGGGUUCCUCGAAAUGUAAUGACACCAGCAGUCGAAACAGCCAAUUACUUAACUACCUCCAGAAAUGUGAAUUUUCCCGAUGAUUCUUCGCCUUUACAUCCCACCUCUACUUGUGUUGGGUAUGACAGUAAAAUUUGAUUUUUAGGGCAGAGGUUUAGCGAAUAUCUGCCAGUGUAUUCAAACUGUUCAUUAAUGAACAUUUGGAAUACACUGGCAUAUAUAAAAUGUAAAUUGCGGCUGCACUAUUUCGGAACAAGACGCACUUUACAUUUUUACAGUCGCUGCUGGAAUUUGCUCUUGUGCUUGGCUAGUCUCCAUUAUCAGUAGCAUCCACGAGUGGGAUACACAAAAUAAAUUAUAACUUUUCCCUCCCAUGUGGAGUGAUGUCACGUGCUAUGAAAGAGAACAUUAUUGAGCACCAAACUUUCAGCCAUUAUUCUCUAGGUUUUUUUUACUAAUUCAUCCGAAAUCUCCCUUCAGGUUGAGUGCUAUAUAAGAAUAUAAGGCUCCCAACGAAUUAAGUUUUAAUUUGUCUGCAGGCUCUUUAUGGCUUUCUUGGUUUUUUUUAUCAAUGGAGAAAAGUGGAAAUUUUAUUAACGUGUUUGCAACAGGGCACAAACAUCGCGCCAGCCGGCAAAACCUCGAGUUUUUACACUCCUUUCUCAUGAUGCGCAAGACCUGAGUCCCACAUAUUGCCCGUCUUCCCUAAUUUUAGAAAUAUAACGGAUAUCUCGCUUCUUGAAAAAUAUGUGCAUCUGCGUAUUGUCAUUCUGAGCGGAAACUACAUUACGGAUCUUACACCGCUCUCGGGGAUGCGAACUCUGAUGUACUUAAAGGCUGAUCACAAUCGCGUUGCCGAAGGUGGACAGGUCAAGCCACUCGAUCACCUGCAAUUCUUUGAUCUAUCCUACAACAAGCUGACAAAUACUGAUGGAUUUUCUCACAGGUCUCUGAAACACCUGGUCCUUAAUCGUAAGAAUCGAAGUCGGAGAUCUGAUGCCGAAAUAACUACAGUUUUAUAUAUAUGCCAAAAUACGAGUUGAAAAAUGUACUAAACACUUUUGGGAGUAAUUCAAAAAAUACGCGUGGGAAAAAAUCCCCCGCACUGCGUCCUGUACUCAAGCUGGAUAGGCAAACGCGAACCCCAUGAGAUACUAAAUAGUCUUGAUUGCAGCAUUUGACUCGAUAUGUAACGCGUCAGUGUCGAAGCCUUUCCAGUCUAGUAUUCGAAAUAGGACUGGUUGAUGAUAGACAUUAGUCAGAAGCUUACUUUGUGAAUUACGAGACUACUGGAUUACUGUUCUUAACAGGUAUGUUUGUCGCUUUCAGACAAUACAAUACUAUCACUAAGAGGGGAAUUUAGUCCCCCACUGAACCACCAGAAACUGCCCAGCCUGCAGACGCUUGAGGUGCGCGGGAAUAAAUUAACCACUACCGAGGGUCUUACUUACCUGUCCAAAGUCGCCACGCUGUAUGCCGCUGCAAACAUGAUCAAGUCCCUGGAAAACAUUAGCUACAUGACUGGUCUUGUUCGUCUACACCUACGAGACAACCAUAUAAAGAAGCUUGACUGGUUUAACAGCGACCUAGUGAAUCUUGAAUAUUUGAACUUACGGUAAGAUUUGAAUUCCCAUUUUUUACUCUGUGCAUGUAUUCGUCAAAGGAAGAAGGCGUCUGUACUAUCCAGUAACCGUAUUUCUUUGGAAAAUUAAGAGGCUGGUUUUGUAUCGGGUAUCCUGUAGUGUCGGGCAAAAAUGACCGCAUGUUCCUGAUCCAAGCUCUCAAAAAACGAAUGUGACUGGAUAUCAAGGCUUGAAAAGUUCUCUUUUUUCGGUAUUUCUAUCUGAAUGGUUUACUGAAUACGCAGAAAUUGAGUUUAAUCAAAUUUUUCCAUGCAGUUUACCCUCUGUACGAAGGGGUGUAGCAAGAUCAGUUGGCGACAACUAAUUUACAACAUUGUUGCUUAGUUGUAAAAUUAUACGUCUCCUAAACUUUAAGUAAUACGCCCUUUAACUACCGGUGCUGUUUGGGACCUAAGCAGAAACUAUUGUACGUUUAUCUCAUCAAGACUGCUGUGUGAAGUGAAAACUUGAGUAAUAUGAGGCUACUCACAUCAAACUUUACUAUUCCCUGUAAGAAAGGUGGUCUGCAAGUUUUCGCUUUUCUACUUCAAUAAUUUCCCAUCGUUUUCAGGACUGUGAAUUUUUCAACCGUUUUAGAUAAAAUUCUGUGGCAGUUUGAUAUGGCUGUUAGCUUGGGUCGUGCCGAUACAUAAAAUUUCAAAGAACCUUUAUCAGAAGACAAGAAUUAAAUUCAGACUGAGGAAGACGUCUCAUUUGCACAAACAUUUCUUUACUAACAAAACUCCACAAAACAGACUAAUCAUUCUUGGACAUACCAGAACAGUCUUAGUUGACUUCUCAGCAGGUUGCACUCCCAAGUUCAUAAUUGCGCAUGUAACCAAAGAGUGCGGCAGGGACACUAGAAUGGCCUUUCUCACCUACUUUACCUCCUCAGGGACUCUGCUAUGACGUCAACUCAGGCCCAACCCCGUUCUCUGGGAAUCUAGCAUUAUACAAACCGUUCUUUUAGCUGAAACUCGAAACCACUUCCCGUCGGUUGAAAUCAGAAACACUUUUAGUCAGAUGGGACUGGACUUCACCGAUUUAUCCUGACUAAAGUCUGGAAAUGGGCACUUUCGACUCACUAAGCAGUUCACGAUCAAUAGUCAGUACUAGGAAUUGUACGGUAUCUAAAGUGUUAGCGAUAGAAACGAGGGGACUCUGCAAUGUCUAUUUCAGUAUCACGAGAACAGGAAAUCCCUGGUAAUACAGGUGACUUUGCGCUAAAUUAAAAAAGCUGCCUAUCAUACCAUCCUCACAGCAGCAUUGACCCCAACAAUAACCCUAACAAUAGCCUUGAUUUCCCUAGAACCUAGCGUAAGACCGCCUGUAUUAUGGGGCGUUCCUAUUCCUGUCUCCUGCCCCCAUUUCUGACUAAUUUGUCAUCCUAAAAUCCCUACAAGAGAUUACUUCUAGUCAUCUCAGUCCAUGUGCGUACGUAGGGGCUUGUCUUCGAAUUUGUAUCCCUGCGCCCUUUCAAGUGCAUUUAAAUAAUAGCUGUUGAAAUGUUCUCGGGCUUCUUUAACAAGAACGAUGUCCAGAUAUGGAUAUCACAUCGAUUAGUGAGGUUGUCUGACGUAUAUUCUAGUUUCGUUCAGGCGGACAAUUGUGUCAUAUCGCGGACAAUAGUGAAUUAUAGCACACCAGCAUAAAGAUCGGAACGACUUGACGGAGUAAGUCUCUAGAGUGAAGGCGUAAACGCGACCGAAAAACGUGGGCUUGCGCCAGCAAACAGUGUGGUUUUAAAAGCUUAUGCUAUUACUACAGUGGCAGGUGCGGUAUUCCUGGUUCAAAAGUGUCCCCAAAAAGUCCCACGAAAAAUUAACUGUUGACCGUACCUUUUGCAGAUAACUACAAUUCGGACUUGAUGGCCCGAACGGUAGACUCUGAAAACGGGUAUCGGUUUUAAAUACGCUCUUCACAAGUUUCAACAUGCUUGUAGGUUCUAUUUAAAAGAUAGCAAUUUCAUUGACUAAGCAUCCUGGUAGACCUUCAUUGAGCUUUUGAUGGACGAUUUUAGCUAAAAAUUCAAAAUUUCCACUUAAAAAUAUAUAAGUAUUACUACACUUUCACCUAACUGUGAAACAGUCGGUACCUCGGAGGGAUUCGAACCCACCUCUGAAUUACGUGAGCCUGGUAGUCAUUUGGUGGAUUCUAGAUGUAUUACUUAAGAAAUUCUGCUUGGGCAGUCAUCUGAGUGUAUCAGAUUUGGUGGAUUCCAGACGUUGUAGUAGGUUCGGCGGGUAACUUGACCCAAAUGUGAUUAAACUGACGUCAUCCAGUGGGGUCUCGUAGCUCAGGUGGUUAGGGCGUUGGCUGCACUAAAGUCACACCUCGCUGUCAGGGGUUCGAAUCCUACCGAGGCACCGAGUUUUUCAGUUGGAUCAAAGUGGAUUACUUGAAAUCUGCCAAAACACCUCUUAAAUGUUACUUCCUUAGUGCAAAUUAUGGAAAACUCGCGUAGCCAUUUAGUAUUGAAUAGCCGACCCUCCUAAUUAGCGUCCGGUCUUCUUCUGUUUGAAUAGGGACAGUAUACCCCGCAUUAAUGCGAAUUAUGAAUAUUUGUCCUGGGCAAAUCGUUAAGGAUCAUUUGAAAUACGGCCUAUAACAUAUAUCUUCUAUGAAAACAAAAUGCGUUGUUCUACACAUUUUCCUUGCUGACUUCCGUCUAAUGACAAGUCUGUUUUCACAGUCACAUCUAAGUUUCGCUGAUUAAUGCUCGGAUGACAUUUUGCUUCCAGUCGAUAAAAAAUUUCGUGCAGCGUCCUUGUAAAAACGUCCUAUAGUCACUUAUUACAGCCUACUUCGAGGAAUGUAUAGAACCAGCACAAGUUUAAAACGUAUUCCCUGCCUUUUUACCAGCGGCAACGAGGUAAAGCGUUUUCGGGAGGUGAGGAAGCUUGCCGUCCUUCCAGCCCUGAAAUAUUUGGUUCUGAGUGGUAAGCUUCCCAAUGGCAUUUUUGCCUUCCAACUUACGCACUUCUUGACUUCCCCUCAUAUUUCAUAGAUAAGCGCCGGACUGUGCUUUUGAGCGCAACUUAGUAGUGACUACUGGACCACAGGCACUUGCCCUUCCAUUCGGAUUCAACCUGAUGCCCACCCUUUAUGUCUAUCACCAACGUUUUGUGAUUUUAGUUCCGUAGUGCAACCGAUGAGCGUUCCUCUGCCAUUGUGUAUAUCUUAUCACAACCGACAGGACAACGAGUCUGUGGAUCAGUGGUUAGGGGCGUUGGACUUCUAGCCAACAGGUUGCGGGAUGGAGCCCCAGGUGUUGCACACCUCGGAGUUGUGUACGGCUGGCUGACGACGGCUGAUAGGCCGGUAAUGACCAUCUCAUUCUCCUUUGUCUUUGUCGGUAAUGCAUUCUGUCAUUAUAUUGUGCAUUGAAUGCGGGGCAAUAUUAGUGGAAGAUAGUCGGUGUGUGCAAAACUUGCCCCCACUCGAAAGGGGCACGAGCUGCCCCCUGUCGCGUGCAGCCACCUGCAGUGAGGACAGGAAUUCGGCUGCCCAUUGUCCUGUCGCAUUGACAAACUUUCCCACUCCCAUUUAAUGGCAGUCCAGCGUUUCGUUUCGCCCCCCUUAAUCUGAAUAAAAGCACUAGGAUUCGCUAGCCGGUUGGACGGGAUUCAACUCCUGUAGACAUUUGAACCUAGGAGUGUAAAAAUCCGUCCUGGUUUCUCGCGUGCAUUUCUUCGUUCUCCCAGAUAAUCCAAUUUCCGAACACGAGGAAUACCGGGCGGUUGUGCUGGGUACGUUGCCACACUUGGAGAAGCUCGACAAGGAGACCGCAACCAAAGAUGAAAUCGCAGAGGCGAUUAACUUGGUUGAAACACGAGUAAGCCAAAUGCUUGUGCCAUAA